ACAAAAUUAUAGGGGCCAAACCAUUGCUCUUGCAUUUCCAGUCAGAUAAAAAUCUCCUGAAAAUCAAUUUUAACGAUCACUAAUACGCGUCAAAUCAUACGGAAUAUUCUUAAAUGUUUCGAAUCACGAUAGUGAUUUAAAAGCCGUCUAAAGAAAAGGAAGGGCCUAAUUGUAUGUUUUGGAAAAGUGUUUAGUUUGGAAUGUUUUUAUUACAGCAGCUUAGCUGAUGGAUUUAAUACAACCGAAUGCGGGUAAUUUCUAUUGAAGAAUGGAUUUAUGUUUCAUAGCUGGAUGAACAUUGUGAUAUGUUUUUCAUUUAUGUCGUCUUAAUGUUAUUCGUUUACUUAACGUGAAAGGAUAUUAUACAUAAGGCUGCGUUUAAAUGGAGUGUGUCUCGGAUACUCAAAACAUUAGAUGCUGUUGUUUAACUUGGGAGGAAGUUUUGUGUUUGGUUUUCGUAAUAAACUGGAACAAAAAUAGAGCCAGUGAUACAGCGAAGUUGACUUUGUCAGACAACUGGGAGCAGAUAUUGAAUAAAAGCAAUGGAAAUAUUAAAUCAAAAUUGAUCUUCUCAGUUGAGAUACAGCUUGCGAAGAUGAUGAACUGAAAUGUUAAAAUCUGUCACGAGCAUCUGCAACAUGCGAUUCAAUCGUCGAUCUCUCCUCUUCCUGCUGGUCCUGUGUACUUUCAUGAUCUGCUUCUCAUUCUGGUCAAGAUGUAUUCUCAAUCCAGAAACUUCUGAUCUCAACAGGAAGCUGAUUGCAGAUGGACGAACAAAUGGAGAUUUUGACAACGUUCAUUUCGUCAACCGGGGAGCAAAGAAUUACAACGCACCCGUGAAUGAAAUGGAAAUACCUUCGUCAAACUUGCAGGAAAUCGAGUGUGAAAUAAACAGAGAAUACUCCGUGCAAUGUCGCAAGGACAAUAAUGAAGUUUAUCUGCCAUUCAGCUUCAUACAGAAAUACUUUGAGGUAUAUGGAGAGUUCGAGAACAUUGAAGGAUAUGAGAAAUUUGAGUUCUCGCACAGUUACUCCGAAGUUCAUCACCCGCCGGACGUUAUCAGACCUGAUGGAGCAUUCAUGUCAUUUGAGCAUUACAAUGUGGAAAUCAGAAAGAGAGUAAAAUGUAUAACAGCAGUAGAAGGUGUACCAAUAUCAACCCAGUGGGAACCAGCAGGACAUUACUAUCCUAUACAGAUUGCUCAAUUUGCACUGUCUCACUAUAGUAAAUACUUGAAGGAAGGGGAACCAGACCAGAUCCCAUUGCUGAAUAGUGAAAGGGAUGUGGGAAUGUGGUUGAAGGGUGGAAAUGUUAACAUAAAAAGUGUCUGGAGUAAAACCCGCCGUUCACAAGUUGUUGAAUUCCAGUCUUCAGAUUCUUUAUCGAAUGCUGGGUUUUACACCAUGAUGAAAGAGACAUCAAAUUUUGCUGUAACAUUUGACUUCAAAAUCGUUUCAAAUGGAAGUAUAAGUUUAACCUUGAAAAAUGACGCUGUUACAUUCCAUUUACAUUAUGUGUUUUCUGAUACAUUGAUAACCUGUGAUGGAAAAAAUAUUUAUUACGGACUCGGAGAAAAUCGCCGAGGUGACUGGAUCCAUUUUGCACGGGAUGCAGACAUGGAUCUCUUGAAAGGUUUAAGUUUAAAGUGUUCCAAAUAUAGAAAAUUAGGUAGAUUGACGUUGUUAGGUAUCACUAUUCGAGGACAUGGUUGGUUAGAUAAUGUAACAGUAUCAUCCGCCGCUCAUAUGGACCAUUUUUUCAAUGCAGCUAACUGGUUUGUUACACAUCAAGACAGUCGUGGCGGCUGGCCGAUCAUGGUCACUCGCAAGCUUAUUUCAGGGGUUAUGGAACUUCAGCCAGGAUGGUACUCGGCCAUGGCACAGGGUCAUGGCAUAUCAACAUUAGUACGGGCAUAUUUAAAGUCUAAAAAUACAGUUUAUCUAAGAACAGCUAUAAAUGCGUUAAAAAUAUUUGAAAUCAGUAGUGCUCAAGGUGGUGUGAAAGCGCGUUUUGCGAACUCGUACAAUUGGUACGAGGAGUAUCCAACUACUCCAAGCAGUUUUGUGUUAAAUGGAUUUAUUUUCUCUUUAUUUGGUCUCUAUGACCUGAAAGAAAUAGCAACAGGGGAACCCCUAGAGAAAGUGACUCAGUUAUAUGAGGAAGGAAUAAAAUCAUUGAAAGCUAUGUUGUUAAUGUAUGACUCUGGUUUUGGAACAUUUUAUGAUCUCAGGCAUGUGAGUGCGGGUCUUGCGCCCAACCGAGCCCGCUGGGAUUAUCAUACAGUCCACAUUAGUCAACUUCUUCAGUUAUCUAAAAUGGAGGACGAGCCCCUGUUCACUAGAACAGUGAAGCGAUGGCAGGAUUAUAUGAAAGGAGUUAGGUCCCCUCAUAACUGAACAACUGGUUCCUGACUUCUGUGUUAUAUCUAUAUAGAAUCCUCCUCACAGGAUAGAAUCCUGCCUAGGGGAUUGUGGGAGUAGAGCUGAUGAUGUCAUUGUGAAAGAUAACACUUUCUGAUGAUAAGAAGUCUCAGAAUGAGGCAAAAGAAUGAAAGCACUGUUCCCACAGGUGAUGUUCAAAAAGAACCCAAAGAGAUGUUCAUGUACCCAAAGAAACCUAAAGACCUCAAAGAAAUAAAUGUUUUCACAAGAGGAAUGUGUAACUAGUAUUGGUAACCAACUGGUAUCAGAAACAAAAAGGAAAUUUAAGCUUUUUAAAAAAGCUGUUCUUUAGUGUUCAGUCAGUCAGACAAAACCUUUGUCUCAAAUGUUUCCAAAACAGCUGCUUUAGAGACGGGACAUAUUACAUUUGUUUAAUUGUCUAUUUUACUAUCUGGAAAACUUAUUUUGACAAACUUGCAGUUCUGGUGAAUAUUGACAAAGUAAUGCAUUUACAGACUGAAAUGAAUUAAGCUGAACCCUGCCUAAAAUGUGGCUUGUUUUUCAAACAAGAAACAGCCAUUAACAAGUCUGUAAAUUAUUGUUGCAGAAAUAAUGAUGGUCCGUUCAUAUUAAGAAUAUUUGUCUCAUGUUUUGACACAAGGCAGUUUUAUAGUACAGCUAUAACUGUGUUAUUGUUCUCUUAAGGUAGUUCUGCAUGUUUGGAUAAAUUCACUUGAUUCUGAUUUAUCAAAACAUUGUGAUUUACUAAAUUAUACUAAAUAUACCGUCAGAAAAAAGAUAGGGUUUUGUGCUAUAUUUUUCGCUGUACUGAUUUGAACAUUCUUGACCUCAAACAAGUUUUUUUUAUAAUGUGAGUCAUUGAUAAAAAUUGCAAUUUUUAUCAUGAUUUUGCAUAUAAAAAGUUCUACUAUGUAGAUUUACUACUACUAAAAGUUUUAAAUUUUCUAACAUAUAGUCAAAUAAAAUGCAAAUAUAAAAGUGUGUGUGCUAAAAGAUAUAUUUCCAGGCUUGAAAAGAACCCCCAAUAUGAAGCUGAUUUUUUGACAUUAUAUAGAACUUUUUGUUACUAUAUUUAAACUUUUUAGAAAGAUAUUAUUACCAGUGUACUCAUUUAACACAAGAGUUGUCAUUUAUUUCAACCAUGCUUUCUGUUUCUGUAUGCCUGAUUUAUUCUAGGUUAUCCAGAUAUUUGAUGUGAAAUGUCAGGCCAUUACUUCUGGAGAAACAAACAUGCAGAACUACCUUAAGUGAUGUUUUAAAGGCUGAUAAAGGCAUUUGAAUAGAAAGAUAAAUGGCAAACUGGUAACUUUUAAUGUUAUCAAGACCUUUUGAAAUUUGAAUGUUACUGCCAAAGAUUCGGGUUGCAUUUUUUGUAUGACUUUCAUCAUUAUUGUACAUCAUCAACAUUUUGAAUGUUUUUUUUUGUUGUUGUUUUUUUGCAGAAAUUUUCGAAAAGGCUAAUCAUGUGUUUAUUAAUUCAAUGGCUUGAAUCAAGAGUUCUGUUAAUUUAAAACUAUUUUGUGAUGUUAAAUACUCUUACAAAUCCAAAGUCACAAAAUAGUUAUGAAACUGGAUUUGGAGACCAGUCACAGAAUGCAAUCUUCUCAUUGGUCAGUUUCAAAACUGAGCUCAAAAUGAACCAAUCAGGUGCUUGAAUUUUUAGACUGGUCCCCAAUCUCUUUCCUUAUAAGCUCAGGCAUAUUAAGCGAGGUAUCUGAAGGUUGCAGAAAAACUUUUAAAAGACAGAUUUAUUGAGCACUGAAAACAGUUUCUUAGAUCUUUUUGGAAAUAAAAUUCAAAUACCGUAACCAACUUAUACCACAGAUUUUUAAUUAUUGAAACCUGAGUCUAUGUUUUUAAUGGCCUAAAACUUCACUGUGUCAAAUUUGGUGUUUAAAUGCCUUUGUUAUUUAGUGAUAUAUAGCCUUGGUAGUCAGACUCACCAAACAACACACCAACCUCAUUGUAAUUGUAUAUGUAUAUACAUUGAUACAUAGUUGUAUACAUUGAUACAUAGUUGUAUACAUAGUUAUCUGUGAUGUAUCUGUCAUUCAGUAAUGUAUGUACAUUACCCUAUAUAUAUGUGUGUAUGGUAAUAAAGGCUGGUAACAUGAUCACUCGGUUUACAGUUACAUAGUUUAACUUCAUGGUGAUGAAAGCCAGCUUGGGACCACCUUGAGGUUCUGCUAGACAGAAUGCUAGUUUUUUUUAACACUCUUAGGUCAGCCACUGCUAUUGAUUUCUCCAUAUGCUUCCAGUGUAAGAAAUGACCCUGCCACAUACCCAGAAAUUGAGAGUAGACCAUUAAAAUGUGAUUCUUUCAAUAAAAUGACACCCUUUUUUUUCCAAUCUGCUGAAGUCUCGUGAAUUUUAUGGUUUUCACUUCUUUUUUUUUUAGACAAACGGAAGCUGUCCUUUCAGUACCAUCAUUUGACCUGUAGGGUUCAGUUUAAUGGAAUGGCUAUGGAUUUUUACUCUCCCUAAGGUUCUGCUGGUCACUUGUGUCAGGGACCUAUUGGUUUGAGCCUUAAAUUUGUAGAUUUUUUAUAAAGAUUCAAAGAUCUUCAUACGACUAGUUUAGAAUACAAAGAUGGCUGGAGUGAGAGGUUUGUCUUACUAUAUUGGUAGUAAGGAAGUAUAUAUUACAUAAGUUCAGAUAAGUAACUUAAAUUGCUUAUUGUUGGCGUGUAUAUAACUGUAAAACAAAACAGUUUUUUCUCACCUAAGGCACUGUCUGUUGGAAAAUAGAAUUAAAGUAUAUAGUCUGUGGCAGGGGUUCUAACCAAUCCCGAUCAGGUUGCAGGUUAGAAAUUUGUCUAGGUUACAGCCAUACUGUCACAUACGACAUGAUUAUCGGUAUUUGCCCAUAGGGCAGACAACCAUACAUUAAUACAUUCAUUGUUUUCUGUUGAUGAUAAUGAUACCAUAUUUUACUUUCCUUUAAACAUAACACUAUUGAAAUCAGCAAAACAUAAAAUAUUAUACGCAAUAAAUCAGUCUUUCUGAAUGACGUUUAAGUGUUGUUUUUUUUUUAGAUAUGGCCUUGUUCAGUGUAUGCAUUUAUAUUGCUAAUUUGCCGACUUUACAUUUUCAUUUUUUAGGUAAAUUGACAGUCUUAGUUUAACCAUUUUUAUGACGGUUUUUAUAUGAUUAUAUUCAUUUUUUUAUGUAAAUAUGAAAAUUACAUAAGCUUGUGUAAUUAUUCAUGGAGGAUCAAAAGAUGUACAUAAUUCAGAUUUGAAUUGUUUUUAUCAGCCCAGUUUGUGAUAUGUAAAUAUAUUUUAGUUUUCUGCUUAGAAGUAAAAUUAUAGUAUAAUGUUGUGAAUGUUGAACAUAGUUAACAGGUUUUACUUCCAAGUGGAAAGUUCAGAAGUCGAGAGCUUUUAGAAAUUUCCAGUUUUAUAUGGUGAUAUUAUUAUGAUUUUAUAUGAUUAGCAUUUACGUAUAAAUAAUUACUUUUUAUGUAUGUACAUUUACUUAGAAAUUAUGUACAUUUACAUAGCAGUAAUUACUUUUUGUCACAUUACGCACCAUUCAAGUACCAGUGCUGGUUAAAGAUAUCUGAAAUAUUCUGGAUGUCUGUUUUAGAACACCUCUAAUAUAUGUUGGGAAGUUUUCCAUUAUUGGUGGAGAACGAAUUGUCACUGGUUGAAAAUACUGAAAACAUUGGCUAGAUUGAAUGAUAACUGUUAGAUUCUUUAAAAAAUGCAUUAAAACUGGGUCAAACUGUUCAAGAAAACUUUUUGUAUAUUUUGGUUUUAUUUUUUGGGCAAAAAAAUUGAAGGAAUAUUCCCUAAAAACAAUAAAAAAAAUAUUUAAAAAAGCAUUAUUUAGUAAGUGGACCAUUUUGAUCCGAAACUGUUCAUUGAAACACAAUUUGGCUUAUGGUGAACUUUUAAGAAUGAGAAAUUUUAUUUUCACAGACUUGGAAAUGCCAGGUAUGCGGUCUGGAUGCUACACUGUAUCAAGUAAUUAAAAAGCUGGUCUUAAUUGAAAUACAUUUUUUUAAAUUAAACACAGACUUUACAUAAUACGCAGGGAACUCACAGGCAGAAGUCUGUGUUGAAAGCAAAGAGUUAUAUAAUUAUUCAAAGUUUUGGCAGUUAAUUCUAUUAUACGUACUGUAUAUUACCUAAUUAACACCCUCACCCCAACCAUACUUUUAAGAAAAAAGUAUGAAUUUAGGUCAGAAGUGAAUUAUGCACAUUUGAAUGGAGCUAUAAUGAUUAAAUUUCAUUCAUUAGAAAUUGGAUUUAUAGUUCAUAUAUACCAAAAAAAGUAUUGAGAGCCUUAAAAAAUGCCCCACCCCCAUCCUUUCGUAAAAUGUAACUCAGGCCUCCUGGAGGUGUUAAUAAAGGUUACUGUACAUUAACUUGAAUUUCUAAGCUUGUUAUCUGUUACAUAUUUCUAGUGAGAAACAUUAACUUUUUUUGUUAAUUUCACAUUCGGAGAUGGGUUUUGGUUGUGUAUAUAAAGAUGAGUUGUGCUUUUUAUAACAGCACCCGUUAUCUUUCUCUGGUUUCUGCCUUUUUUUCUUGCAAAUUUUUUUUAUAUACAUACAUUAUAUUCUAGCAGCAAUUUUUAUGAUUGUUUUUUUAUUGGUAUUCCAAUGAUUUAUGUUGCUCUAUUGUUUAUAAAUGGAUGACGGCGGCCAAGAAUGAAUUAAUUAGAAAAAAUGUUUGGAAGAGUGUGUGUAUGUAAAAAAAAAAUUGUUAUUAUAAAUAUUAAUCAUAAUUGAGCAGUGCCAUGAGAAAACCAACAUAGUGGCGUUGCGACCAGCAUGGAUCCAGACCAGGCUGCGCAAUGCGCAGUCUGGUCAGAAUCCAUGGUGUUUGGUUUCAAAGCCUAUUGCAAUUAAAGUAACUUAGCGAACAGUAUGGAUCCUGACCAGACUGCGCAGAUGCGCAGGCUGGUCUGGAUCCAUGCUGGUCGCAAAACCACUGUUGGUUUUCUCAUGGCAUGGCUCAUAUAUUAUCACAAUGCAUUUUUAGCUCAUCUGAUUUUUUGAAAAAAAAUGAUGAGUUAUUGUCAUCACUUGAGCGGUUGUCGGCGUCGGCGUCUGCGUCGGCGUUGCCUGGUUAAGUUUUAUGUUUAGGUCAGCUUUUCUCCUAAACUAUCAAAGCUAUUGCUUUGAAACUUGGAAUACUUGUUCACCAUCAUAAGCUGACCCUGUAUAGCAAGAAACAUAACUCCAUCUUGCUUUUUGCAAGAUUUUUGGCCCCUUUUGUACUUAGAAAAUAUCAGAUUUCUUGGUUAAGUUUUAUGUUUAGGUCAACUUUUCUCCUAAACUAUCAAAGCUAUUGCUUUGAAACUUGGAAUACUUGUUCACCAUCAUAAGCUGACCCUGUACAUCAAGAAACAUAACUCCAUCUUGCUUUUUGCAAGAUUUAUUGCCCUUUUGGACUUAGAAAAUCAGUUUUCUUGGUUAAGUUUUAUGUUUAGGUCAGCUUUUAUCCUAAACUAUCAAAGCUAUUGCUUUAAAACUUGCAACACUUGUUCACCAUCAUAAGUUGACCCUGUACAGCAAGAAACAUAACUCCGUCCUGCUUUUUGCAAGAUUUAUGGCCCCUUUUGGACUUAGAAAAUAUCAGAUUUCUUGGUUAAGUUUUAUGUUUAGGUCAACUUUUUCUCUUAAACUAUCAAAGCUAUUGCUUUGAAACUUGCAACACUUGUUCACCAUCAUAAGCUGACCCUGUACAGCAAGCAACAUAACUCCAUCCUGCUUUUUGCAAUAAUUAUUGCCCCUUUUGGACUUAGAAAAUCAUUUUCUUGGUUGAGUAUUAUGUUUAAGUCAACUUUUCUCAUAAACUAUCAAAGCUAUUGCUUUAAAACUGCAACAGUUUUUCACCAUCAUAAGUGGACACUGUACAUCAAGAAACAUAACUCUAUCCUGCUUUUUGCAAAAAUGAUGGCCCUUUUUAGACUUAGAAAAUCAUGGGUAGGACAAUAUUUCUAUUACACAAAAAAAAUCAGAUGAGCGUCAGCACCCGCAAGGCGGUGCUCUUGUUAAUUAUGUGAGCAGACUUUGAUAUUUAUGAAAUACUCAGUACAGAAACUUGAAAACAUUGAAUAGGACUAGAUUUACUGGGUUAAUUAUUCAUGCCUCAAGUCUAACCCCACAUCGAGAUGUACAACGUUGAAGCCACCUGCCUUCAUUCCAGACCUGUAUAAAAUUUUGCAAAAUUUAUAAAGUUCUUUCAUUUGUUUGUUACUGUAAGAGCUGUGAGGACUAGCUAGUAUUAUUUAUAAGAACAACAUUUCGUCUUUAUAGAAAAAAUGUAUGUGCUAGGUUAAUUCAUAGUAAAUACAAAAUGUA